UUCUACAGGGUGAGUUUGUCCUGCUCUGAUGAUGUAAUAGUUGUACUGUGCCACUAGCAGGUGCAUGACAGAAAAGAAAUACAUAGCUUAGGUACAGGUAGAGUCUUCCUUAUCUCUUUAAACGGAUACUCAUCAAUGGAGCACAGAAAGACUGAGUCUCCUCCCUCAUAUGAUUCUGUGGUGAAUCACAACACGCCUCCACCUUCAUAUCCGAGUCUUCAGACAUUGUCAGCCACCCAAGUCCAGCCGUACUACAUACCACAGCCAAUACAUCAAACACCUGCUCCUUGUGUUGUACAGACAAUCCCAACACAGAGAGGUCAAGCUCCCUCACACAGGAACAAAAGGUAUUGCUGUAGAGGGUCGAGUGGUACUGCUGUUAUAGCUGUGCUGGUUGUAAUUGCCGUCUGGAUGGGAGUGCGCUAUGGGCCAUUACUGUGGGCUCAGAAAGAAACGGAGACAGAAACGUGCCCCCCUUCAUCAGUCGACUGUGAUGGAAAGAGAGACUGUUCUCAAGGCAGUGAUGAAUCUCGCUGUGUGCGGUUUGGUACAGCAAAUGAAUUGCAGGUCAUGACUUCUAAGAACAAAAGCUUCCUUCCAGUCUGUGCACAGGGCUGGAAUAAAAACAUAGCAGACCAAACCUGCCAACAGCUUGGCUUCAUACAGAGUUAUGAAGUUGGUGUCUUGAAUACCAGUUCAUCCACCUUUCAAAGUUUGAACAGUCAGUUUACAAACACUAUCCAGGCGAGCGUUAAUACAAGUACGUCCUGUCCUGGUCAGCAGACUGUGUCCCUGAAGUGCAGCAAGUGUGGAAAGCCACCAGGAUCACGGAUCAUAGGGGGAAAUGCGGCUGCUGACGGUCAGUGGCCAUGGCAGGCCAGUCUGCAUUUCCAAGGGUCUCACUCAUGUGGAGGAACUCUGGUGGCUCCAGACUUCAUCAUUACCGCUGCUCACUGCUUCCCCAAAGAAACACUAGGCUCACAGUUGCCUAGUAACUGGAGAGUGUAUAUUGGUUUGGUGUCCCAGCUCCGGCUUCCCAGCCCAUAUAAUUUAAAGCAAAUAAUUUUACAUAAGAAUUAUGACCCAGCGACAAAAAACAAUGAUAUUGCCUUACUAAAACUCAGUAAAACUGCCAGUAAUAUACAGCCUGUCUGCCUGCCUGUGUUUGGCCAGAUGUUUCCUGCUGCCAAACAGUGCUGGACCACAGGUUUUGGAGUUACCAAGCAAGGGGCUGAUAGUAGUUCCACUCUUUUGAUGGAGGUUGCAGUAAACCUGAUAGCCUCAGCUGUGUGUAACUCACCUACUGUUUACGGCGGACGUAUCACUGAGAACAUGCAGUGUGCAGGAGAUCUUAAGGGAGAGAGAGACUCCUGUCAGGGGGACAGUGGAGGUCCACUGGUGUGUAAAGUUGAUGACAAAUGGUAUCUCACAGGCGUAACCAGUUGGGGAGAUGGCUGUGGACAGCCGAACCGUCCAGGGGUCUACAGUGACGUAGGGCAACUUUUAAUGUGGAUAUAUGGCAAGAUGCAGCAAGAGCGACCAUGACCUUCUACUACAACAAUGAAGAACAAAUCUCCACGUUGUGUAAACAUUUUUAUGUACUGAAAUAAGUUUUCUCAUUUUUUAAAAUGACGGAGCGCACAGUGACAUGCACUUUUGCAGUAAAUAUAUAUUUAUGUAAAAUUUUGAAUUCAUUAUUUAAAUAAGGAAGAUGUAAAUGUGUCUGUAAAAUCUUUUAUUUUGGGAAUACUAGUGUUCUUAAAUAAAAACAUGGAUUACAGUACUGAAUCUAUCUUGAAGAAAAUGCCAGGACAUUUAAGCUGUCCAAUUCUGUCUAAAUGCACUAUAUAGCCUAUUGUGUAUUAUAUGUACUGAGCAGAUCUACUAUUGAGGAGGAACUACUAUUUCCUAGCAAUACAUGUUACAUGUAAAGAGUUUCAAUAAUAUUAUAAACUGAAUACAGUGGAGCAACAUAUUGAACUGAAGUCACUUUCACUCUGAGAGUAAAGUAAUGGUUUUAUUUUAGAUUUUUGCUGAAAAAUAAAACUGUAUUACUGUUCUUGAAGACAAUUUCU